UAUGACGGCGUGAUUCCGCGAACAGUCUUCCAAAAGCACUUUUGUUGACACUAUUCCAAUUCUAACGAUAACUCCCAACUAGUCCAAAAAACUCAGUCACUUUCUCUUUAUUUCUCUCUCUAGAUUUUCUCUCUCUAAAAAAGUAAUAGUAGUAGUUUGCAACUGUACUUUCCCUCUCUUCGGUUACCUUUAAAUAGCGGUGUUCUUUUUGAUGGCGGACACGGAGCAUCAGAUUCUCUCUCUAAGUUAUUUCUCUCUCUAUAAGUUGUGAUGGCGGACACUGAUUCUUCUGUGAAUUAUCCGAUUCCCUCUUUAGGUUCUUUCUCUCACUACGCUGUUUCGCCAAUGGAGAUUGACGACGGUAGUCCGGCGGGUCAGGGUAGGCUUCGGAGGCUGAGAUGUUCGGUUCAUAACUAUGAUUGGGGUCGAAUCGGGCGCGAUUCGGGGGUUGCGAGGCUGUUCUCGCUGAAUGCAGGGGCUGAGAUUGAGGAAGAGAAGCCUUACGCGGAGUUAUGGAUGGGGACUCACGGGUCUGGACCUUCGUUCGUGGUUCAGAGCGGUGAGAAUGGUGUGUCGGUUGGUGAGGAGGGUGGGGAUUUGAGCUUGAAGUCGUGGAUUGCUCAAAACCCUAGCGUGCUUGGUGAUAAGGUUGUUGACAAGUGGGGCUCGAAUCUUCCUUUUCUGUUCAAGGUACUUUCAGUUGCAAAAGCAUUGUCAAUACAGGCUCAUCCGGAUAAGAAAUUGGCGGAGGUUCUGCAUAAGGCGCAGCCAAAUAAUUUUAAGGAUGAUAAUCACAAACCUGAGAUGGCUUUGGCACUAACGGAGUUUGAGGCACUAUGUGGAUUUAUUGAUAUUGAGGAGCUCAAGUGUGUUAUUCAGAAUGUUCCUGAGAUUGUGGAAGUGGUUGGCAAUGAAUGUGCAAACCAAGUUUUACAUGUUAAUAAGCAAGAUGGGGAGGAGAAAUUAAAAGCAGUUUUGCAGUCUAUAUUCACCCAACUCAUGUCAGCUAGUAAGGAUGUUAUUUCCAAAGUGGUACCUAAACUCAUCGGUCGUCUGAACAUGGAAAAUAAGGUCAGACAGUUGACGGAUAAGGAGCAGCUAGUCUUGCAGCUAGAAAGGCAAUAUCCAGCUGACAUCGGUGUCAUAGUAGCCUUCCUUUUUAACUAUGUAAAGCUCAAGCCUGGUGAAGCUUUGUGGCUAGGGGCAAACGAACUUCAUGCAUAUAUACGCGGUGAGUGUAUAGAGUGCAUGGCAACAUCAGACAAUGUUGUGCGCGCUGGCCUUACUCCAAAGAACCGAGAUGUUCAAAUUCUUUGUUCCAUGCUCACAUAUAAACAGGGCCCUCCUGAAAUUUUGCAAGGAAUCCCUUUGAAUCCAUAUACCAGAAGAUACCUCCCUCCUUUUGAAGAAUUUGAGGUUGAUCGCUGUGUUCUCUCCAAAGGGACAUCAACUGUAUUCCCAGCAAUCCCCGGUCCCUCCAUUUUUAUUGUUGUGGAGGGAGAAGGGACAAUGUGCACAUCAUCUGAAGAUAUAGUAACCGAGGGUGAUGUACUAUUCGCAGCUGCAAACACUGAGAUAAGUGUAACGACAUCGUCUGAGUUGCAUCUUUAUAGAGCCGGAGUAAACAGCAGGUUUUUUUGAGCCUCUUGAGUUGGAAGCAGCAGCAUCUUUCAGCCGCAUGGCAAGUGAAUUUAGUUAUUUUACUCAUCUUUUUUGAUUUAUACGGCUGCUGUUUAUAGUUAUGUGUAUUCAUGUAUCUUUAUGUAAUAUUAACAUACAUAAAGUUAGAGAAAUAAGAUUUACUAUAUUGGAAAGAAAA